UUUCAUGACCUUGUGAGUUGUGACAUGUUUACCAUGUCUCAUCUUCCCACGCUGCAGGCGGAAAAUAAAGGUACAUAGUCACAAUCAUAACAAACAAAAAAAAAAAAAGAAAGUUAAAACCCGAAAUUUCAAAAACCAACACCAACGACUAAAGACUCAAGAGGGAAGGGGAGAGAUUAAACAUACAUAGGAGUAUUACAGAAGAGAGAGAAAGAGAGGGUAAUGACGAUGGACAGGGAGAAGGAGAGAGAAAUAGAGCUAGAAAGUGCAAUGUACACAAACUGCUUGCUUUUAGGCCUCGAUCCGUCGAUCAUCGGUCUCGGAGCCGGCAAUACCACUCCCAGAGUCGGACUUUUCCGCCAUUCCAACCCUAAACUGGGUGAACAACUUCUUUACUUUAUCCUCUCUUCUCUUAGAGGCCCUAUUCAAUCUGCUAAGGAUUUUGAUAAAGUCUGGCCCAUUUUCGAUUCUGCUCAGUCUCGUGAUUUCCGAAAGGUUGUGCAAGGUAUUAUUAGUGAGCUUGAAUCGCAAGGAGCACUACCCAGGAGUAAUUCAAGGGUUUCAUCGCUUGCAACAUGUUGUGGACCAAGAUUUGUUGAACUAUUAUGGCAACUUUCUCUGCAUGCUCUACGUGAGGUUCAUCGGCGAACGUUUCCAGCUGAUGUUGCUUCUAAUGCAUUGCCCAGUUCUCUAACCGACGUGGCAUUUUCUCAUGCAGCUGCACUACUCCCUGUAACAAAGGCCAGGAUAGCACUUGAACGACAGCGGUUUCUGAAUAAUGCUGAAAUUGCUGUUCAGAGGCAGGUGAUGUGGUCAAGUUUGGCUCAUGAGAUGACAGCAGAAUAUCGUGGUCUCUGUGCAGAAGAGGCAUAUUUGCAGCAAGAGCUUGAGAAGCUUCAGGAAUUGAGAAACAAAGCCAAGAUGGAAGCAGAAGUAUGGGAUGAACGUGCAGCGGGUUCGAGUCAAAGUUCACAUCUGGUCUCUAAGGCUGCUCGAUUAUGGGAGUCCUUAUUAUCUCGUAAGAGCCAGCAUGAAGUUCUUGCUUCAGGGCCAAUAGAGGAUUUAAUAGCCCAUCGAGAGCACAGGUAUCGCAUCUCUGGUUCAGCUUUGCUUGCUGGUAUGGAUCAAAGCUCACAGGUCUUGUUAGGGCAGUUUGGGGAGCAAGCUACAGCUCAUCCAGCUGAGAAGGAGCAAGUUGAUGGGUCAUCUACCAAUUUGAACAGAGAAAUGCCAAGAACAAGUGUAGAUUCUUUCCACUCACUAACAAACGAAGAAAGUCGAGUGGAUGACAAAAGUGGAAGAGGUAAUCCAACUGUUGAUGUUGCUGAGAUCCUUAGACGCUGGACGCAUGCUCUACAACGAAUCCAUAAGCAAUCACUUCAAUUGGCGAAAGCUAAUGAUGGAGAGGGCCCAGAUAUUCUGCGAAGCACACAGGUUGGUGGAACUGGUCAUGCUGAAUGUUUGGCAGCAACUCUCGUUGAACAUAGGCAGCACUUGGCCAGCAUACAGGUUUUAAUAAAUCAACUGAAGGAAGUUGCGCCUGCUAUUCGAAGUUCAAUAGCAGAACUCACAGAAGAAGUGAACGCUGUGUCCUCAAGCCUUCCUCUAAUGAACAAAUGUGUUGGCCAGUCUACUUUGCCUGUACAAGCUCGAAGCAGUGGGAAAGCAACGAUUGGGAGAACCGAUGAUACUACUGAAGUUACAUCAAAAAUUUCCAAUGUUCAUCUUGAGAAGGUGGUUGCGAGCCCAACUUUAAAGCUUCCUCCGUUGUUUAGUCUGACACCAAAUUCAACAGGGAAAGGGGGACAUAUGCAAAAAAGUUUUCCUUCUCCAGUCAACCAUGCAGAUACUUUAUCUGAAAGAAAGAGCAUCGACAGUGCUUUGUUGAGCAAUGCGAUGGAUUCUACGCCACAAGACACUGAGUCUUUAUAUGUCCAGAAGGUAAAGCGAUCAGUACGAGAAGCAGCUUUGGCUGUCAAAACAUGUGAAUAUGAAUCAUCACGUGAUAGCCACUCAGAAGAUGGUUCAGAACACUUCUUUGUUCCACUCUCAACUGCAGGAGUUCCUUCUAUGGGCUUGGAACAAAGAGGGUCUUCUGUUAGGAAUAACCAGUUGUUCACGUCUGAAGCUGAGUCUUUGUUGCUUGGGAAUUCUAUGAUUGACAGUUGUGGAGGGAAGAAGUUUGAUGAAGUAUCAGAUGCUUUGGAUGAGUUCGACUCACUUUCUGGGUAUGACCGAGUAAAUGGGUUCUUAUCUGCUGCUUGUUCAAAUUAUGCAGCCUCUGAAUCACAAUCAUCUUUCUAUGACCUUGAUGAGACCACUGAUCAAGUCUUCUCCCCACCUUUACUGAUGGAAACAUCUCUGCUAGCAGAUGCUUAUGAGGAUCUACUUGCACCACUUUCUGAAACUGAUGCUGCUUUGAUGGAGCAUUGAACGAGUGUCUGGCCUUCUUCCUGUUUCUGUUAUAUGCUGUUGUUUCACCCCUACUUCUGAAUGUUGCUGGGUUGAAGGGCCGAUAUUAAUUGUUUCUGCAUGUCAUGCAUUCAUUUCGAUACCAAAUUACGGAGCUAUGAAUGCACAGAUGCAAAAAUGUAAAUUUUAUUAGAACACCAAAGUCUGCCUGGAGUACUAAUGAGUCUGACCAGGAUAAGUCAAUCUGAAUGGACAAUGGGGUCAGCCUUGUAAAUGGAGACAGCCAUGGCUGCAUCAGCCUGAUGGUUGCAGGUGGAGGCAGAUGCCUCUUGUUAUUGUUGGUUGCCAACCUGCCACUGAGGAUUGGUUAGAGCUGAUAUAUUCAUCUCGCGGAGGGUUCGUUGAGCUGCUGUCUGGUUAAAAGUUUACUGAAGUAGGAAUGGUGUGAGCUAUACAAUCUGUUUAUUUUUUUUCCUGUUAAAUUAAGCAUCUGGUUGCUGACGAUGUCUCAUUGUUUAUUUCGGUGGGCAAGAAGUUUUCAUAAUGAGUACCUUAUGAAGGGGUGGAAUCUUUCAAGUUCAAUGGUAAUAUGCUGAUGAAGAUGCAAGUCCUAGAGCAUAGUCUUUAUCAUGUUUUUUAAGGUAAGGAGAAACCUUGACAAGUUAGAGGAGUAAAGAGAAACCCAACUCGCAAGAGUGAGCUAUUCAUCGCUCUCCAUCUUUACUGUGGCUGGUGCCUUGAUUCUGGGUUGCUAUUUGUAUGUAUAAGAUAUUUGUAUCCCAUUAUAAAAUGGUACCUGUUUCUUUUCUUAUAUUUUUUUGAGGGGAGCAUUUCUUAUAUUUUGAAAUACUAGUAAAUGGUCAUGGUGGUGGUGGUUAGAAAAUAGCACGUCAUACUUCCUCAUUUUCUAGAUGAAUGCAACUCCUGACUUUGUAAUUCUUCCAUUUUUUUUAAUUGCAACAUAUCUUUUUCUA